AUGGCAACUGCAGCUUCCUCUUCAAAAGGACAAAUGGAGACUAAUCCUCGAGGAAUUCCCAAAGCUCCUUUCGUAGCUGAUGUCGAGGAUUAUGUUGGAGGUAAAGAUGGUGAGAUUCAAAGUGUCAUGAAGAAGUUUGAAGAGACUACGGCCAAAUACCGAUAUAUGGAAAUAUCAUUACAGCAAAGACGUAAAGCUUUAUUAGGUAAAAUACCUGAUAUGGAGCAGACUUUACAAGUGGUCAAUUUUUUACAAAUAAGAAGGAAGAAGAGUUUAGGUGAAGAAGUCGAAGAAGAGAAAUUGAGUGAUGAUGAAGAUGAUCUAGAUGAUUUAGAAGAAGAUGAUGAUGAUGAUGGUACAAAAGGAAAGAAAGAAGAAGCGAUGAAAACCUUAUUUGAAUUGAAUGAUACCCUUUAUGCUGAAGCUGAAAUUAAUGAGAAUGGUGAAGUUGGAUUAUGGUUGGGUGCAAAUAUCAUGUUAAUGUAUCCAUUGCAAGAAGCUAUCGAUCUGUUAACGUCAAAACUAUCAACAGCUAAGAAAUCUCACGAAGAGACUGUAGAAGACUUGGAGUUCUUGAGAGAACAAGUGACUGUCAUGGAAGUAAACUUCGCUAGAGUACAUAACUGGGACGUAAAGAGAAGAAGAGAAAAGGGAUUAAUAGGUCAACAAUCUGGUUUAUUGCCUUCUCAAAGAGAAGGAAAAGAUGAUUCAGAUGACGAGAGAGAUUAA